GCAAUCCCUCGCCUAUCGCGAACCCAACUUCCUUCGCGCACACUCAAAUUUCGAUCUCGAACUUUUUGACAACUUCCGUUCGACAACACCACAACGUCAAGUCGCAAAGAUGGCACCUUCUCAACUCCCCCCAAUUUUCAAUGCCACCUCUCAAGACAUUGAGAUGCUCUUGAGCGCCCAGAGUCACUUGGGGUAGGAGCUUCUUUUUCUGGCUGGGACGAAUUGUGCUAACGUCUGAUAUUUCACAGAUCCAAGAACUUGCAAGUUCACAUGGAGCCAUAUCUCUGGAAGACUCGCCCUGACGGAAUCAACAUCAUUAACGUUGGCAAGACUUGGGAGAAGAUUGUCCUCGCCGCCCGUAUCAUCGCAGCUGUGAGUUCUCCAAUAUUCAAUUGUAGCAAUUGAGAAAUCUCCGGGGGGAAUAUAUAUUGAUACCCUACAGAUUGACAACCCAGCCGAUAUCUGUGUUAUCUCCGCUCGUCCAUACGGUCAACGUGCUGUCUUGAAGUUCGCCGCUCACACCGGUGCCGUCGCCAUUGCUGGUCGAUUUACCCCUGGUAACUUCACUAACUACAUCACCCGAUCCUUCAAGGAGCCUCGCCUCAUCAUUGUCACCGACCCCCGCACUGAUGCCCAAGCUAUCAAGGAGGCUUCAUACGUCAACAUUCCAGUCAUCGCUCUCUGCGACACCGACUCCCCAACCGAGUUCGUCGAUGUAGCCAUCCCAGCCAACAACAAGGGUCGUCACUCCAUUGGUUUGGUUUGGUGGAUGUUGGCCCGUGAGGUCCUCCGUCUCCGUGGAUCCAUUGCCAACCGUGAGACUGAGUGGGAUGUCAUGGUUGAUUUGUACUUCUACCGUGACCCAGAGGCUGAGGAGAACAAGGAGGCUAUCGAGGACAAGAUCCCAGGUUCUGAGGAGGCUGUUGCCCCAGCUGAUGGUGGUUUCGGAGCUGCUGGCGGUGAUUGGGAGGUUUCUGGCGCCAACACUGGCUUUGCUGGUGCUACUGCUGAGGCUCCUGCCGCCGCCGCUGCUGGUGGAUGGGAUGCUGCUGGGUGAGUCAUUUUUGGCGUCCAUUUUUAUCUUACAGUUGCUAACAUGAUUUCAGAAAUGAUGAGUGGGCUGCUGCUCCUGCUGCUGGUGGUGAGUGGGGUGCCGCUGAUCCAAAGACCGAGCAAUGGUAAACAACCAAAAUCAAACAAAAAGCAAUAAAUCUUCGCAUAUCUGUUCCGCAUCCAAGGUCAAAUUGAUAGUGCUCAUGAGGGAAAGAUACCUUACAUUUGUUCAUUCUUUACAACUGUAAGGGGAAAGCCCUGUACUGUCAAGGCGAAGCGAGUUUUCUUGAUCGUACUCCACCUUGUGCCGUUUCAGAUUUUAGUGAUGUUUCACAAAGAAUAAAAAACUUUGCAAAAAAACACACACAUUUUGAACCAUUAGGUUGUAUGUGAUCAUCUUGGCUUCUAUUCUGUGCCCUGUGUGUCUCUAUACUUGAACCUCCUAAAAUUGUGAAAUGCCUCCCAAUCUAUCCCAUGAAAUUGCGACUGUUCAAAGCG